CAGUUAAUCGGUGAGGGGUUUUGAUAGGGUUCUUGAUUUGCUUGUAAAAUCGAAACAUUUCCCUCUAAUUACGAAGAGCUCUCUCGUCUUGAAUGGAUCCGUCAGCGUUCAACUCCGCUGAAUUGCAGCAAUUUCUCAAUCAAGAGAAACAAAAGGCUAUGGUGAACGAACUGCUCGGAAAGAUUACAUCUUCGUGUUGGGACAAAUGCAUCACCGGAACACCUGGCAGCAAGUUUAGUUCCAGCGAAACUUCUUGUCUUACCAACUGCGCCCAACGCUACAUGGAUAUGUCGCAUCUUGUCAUGAAACGCCUCCAGCAAUAAACCUGGCCUAGAUUUCUUUCCCCUCUCGGGUAUGCCGAGUGGUGAUUUACUCUUACUGAUAAUCCCAGUAGUGUCUUUAUUGCAAUGAUCGAAAUAAUAGCCCAAAACUGAAUUAUAUAUAUAUAUAUUCACACAUUUGCAGUACAUGGCAUUUCUGUUGUAGAUUCUUUAAUCUCCCUUAUCUUUUGCUUUACAUUUAUCAAUUGCUAUUGCAAAUUUUCAUACGAACUUUCGCCGUUGGUUAGCGAAUGUCUAUCAGAUCCCAUCGAAAGAGCUCUAUCCGCAGAAUCAGCCCAUAGCGCUUUCGGUAGCUCCCGUUUCCCGUUAUCCAGGUACGCGCUGCCAAAGCUUGUAUUGAGUGAUUGCGAUCUAAUCGUGGGCUUUUUCUGCACUUUUGCGCGGAACUUGUUCUUUGAUGCAGGUAUGCUGCUGCAGAAUACUUCCACGAAGUUCCCGAUUACGCCUUUGUUGUAAGGAUUCUCACUUCUGCUGUAUUGAUACCUGAAAUUCUCGUACGUUGUCUGCAAUGCAGAUAAAGGAAAAGAUUAGCUGUUGAUCUGGAUCGACGAAGGUUUCGUUUUUCAGAUCGACUUGCCUGGUUUGUGCUUAUGAGGUAGAGAUGGAAGAUCGAGAGCCCGCCCACAAACCAGAGCGCUAGAAAGGUGUAAAUGAUGAGCGCGAUGGAGGCUGGCGUUCGAACCAUGGCUUUCCAUAUCGUCGUCUUUUCGCCGUCCAUUAUCCUCUUGAUGUAAACCCAGCAGAAUCCAUGGACGUACAGGCAGAGCAGCGUCGCCGAGAAGACGAACAUGAAGAAGAAUCGGUAGUUCCUCUGCAUUCCAUGUCAAGACACGAUUAUUGGAUUAUUCGACCGUGUUUCUUGAUCGUUAACAAUGGAAGGUCUUACCAUUCCGAUGCAUUGCCCAACCCAUGGGCAGUGAUGGUCGAAUCGCUCGACGCAGUUAUCGCAAAUCGAGCAAUGCGAGCACCUCGGCGGCCUGUACAGCAUGCAAGUGUUGCAGUACUUUACUUUGACACUUAUCCCGUUGACGACGACUUCCUUCGUCCGUGGAAAGUAUGGCGGCGGCGGCGCUUGCCCGGCAAGUGCCGCCGCGCCCAAUUCCAUGCUGUUUUCGUAACUUUCCGGCUCCGGAGGAUGAUCGUUGCGGGGAAUGAUCCCGGGAUCCCUUCCGGAAGUCAGUAGAAGCAUCAGCAGCACCUGGAUAUCGAGAAAAAGCUCAAUUACGAUUAUGACAAGUCAAUCAACAAGAUCAAGAUGAAGAUAAUACGUACGUAGAGUGUGAAGACGACAGAAACUACGAGGAUCGAAAUCCCCCAAUUGCCUGAGAAAUCAUCCAUCAAUUUUCUUGCAACGAAGACACAGAAUACUGCAACGGGAGCAACUAUGAGGGAUAUUGUGAAGAACACUGAUCCUAUAUCAGGCCCGAAUAUGAAUCUCCCACCAAAACAGAAUUUCUGCAACCAAACAUACGAAUCGUUAAUUGAAAUCCAAAAACCCUAAUUCGAUUGUUAAAAAAUAAAACCCUAAAUCUCAGAUUGAAUUGAAUUGAUUUGAUUUGAUUUGAUUUUGCAGGUAAGAGGAAAAGAAAAGGAUUUCUGGAUGUACGGACGUUGCUGCCUUCCCAGGCCCGAUAGGUCGGGAUCAUCUCGGCCUCCGCCUCCGGCGGCGCCACAGCUUCCAUUGCACUCCCGUGAGGAAAUUAGUUGCGAACUAAUUAAUUAAUUAAUUUUAGUUGUUGGAGAAGGAACGUGUUUUCUUUCUCUUUCUUCUCUGUGUAAGUGAAGAAAGAGAAGAAGAUUAAAAAUUUGGGAAAGUCAGAUUAGGGCAACUGGGAUGGGAUGUAUACUGCCAUUUUUAUUAUUAUUAUUUUUUGUAGAGUGCCAAUUGUAUACAGAUUACGUGUCUCACCUUUGACUUUUGACCUGGAUUAAAUUAAGGAUGUUCGUCGUU